GUGAUUGAAGAAAUUGAGGAAAUGAUGCAAAAUUCCCCUGACCCUGAAGAAGAAGAAGAAAUUUUAGAGAAGGAUGAUGGUGGAGACACAAGCAGUCAGGCUGAUUCCAUCCUUUUGCAGGAAAUUCAGGCCUUGUCACAAAGCCUGAACAACAAUUGGUCAUGUGGAGGCUGCCCCAUUCGUAGAACCUGGGGUUUGGGGCACAUGCCUGUCUCAGAGCUCCUGGAACUCCUGGAUCGAGUGGAAGGUGCUAUUCAGGAUUACUCGGAGGAGCUGGUGCAGCAGCUGGCUUGCCGAGACGAGCUGGAGUUUGAGAAGGAGGUGAAGAACUCCUUCAUCACCAUCCUGAUGGAGGUGCAGAACAAGCAGAAAGAACACCGAGAGAUGAUGAAGAGGAGGAGGAAAGAAAAAGGGCUAAGUCUGCAAAACAAUCGGAUAGAAAGGGCAGCUCAGAUGCCCCUUAAGCGGUUCAGUAUGGAAGGAAUUUCAAAUAUUCUGCAAACUGGAAUCCGGCAGACGUUUGGAAAUUCAGCAACUGAAAAACAGUAUUUGAACACUGUCAUCCCGUAUGAGAAGAAAGGGGCACCUCCGUCAGUUGAGGACUUGCAAAUGCUUACAAACAUUCUCUUUGCCAUGAAGGAAGACAACGAAAAAGUCCCUACGCUGCUGACUGACUACAUUUUAAAAGGAUUGUCCAUCUACAUGAACACAUCUGUUUCUUGA